GCUGGGAUUACAGGCACCCGCCACCAUGCCCAGCUAAUUUUUGUAUUUUUAGUAGAGAUGGGGUUUGGCCAUGUUGGCCAGGCUGGUCUCAAACUCCUGACCUCAGAUGAUCUGCCCACCUCAGCCUCCCAAAGUGCUGGGAUUACAGGCAUGAGUCAUCACACACGGCCGCAUCAAAAUAUAUGAGGAUGUUACAUAUACUCCUUUGCCAGUAUCUAAUAAUUUUUAAAAAUUGUAAGCAAAUCCUGCUCAAUAAAAUCUCUUAAGACUAACCACCAUGUUUCUCUGUGCUCCCAGCUUAGAACCUGGAGCAGUUCCCCUUAUUUUCAGAGCCAGUGGCUUCACAUCAAGCCUGACAUAUGCCUCUUAAACUCCUGCUUCCACACAUAGAAAGGCUCUGAGUUAGCCUUUACCUAGAUGCUUGAGUGUCUUUGUGAUUCAUGGGGAGAAAAUAAGGGAGGAAGGAAAGAGAGAGGAAAUAGAAGCCAAGGCAGUCUUCAUAGGUUGAAAAAUACUCCAGAGAUUUAGAAAUGUCCUUCCCAGAGACCAAGUUGUGGCCUCUCUGUGUCAGGCCCCAAUCUGUCAAUCUUCUUUCACGACCUUGCCUCCCAGUAGUGCCAGAAGGGUGGCUGUGGAGGUCACGGAGCGCAAGAGGUGAACUGUAGCGGCCAUGUGUCACCUGGUGCCUGUCCUGAAUUUAGGUCCCUUUUCUAACUGCUGUUUGAUUACUUUUCAGGAGUUAUAUCUCCUCCAAUGAAUGUAAUUUUUAGUGAGCAGGCAAGUUUAGGUGCCUGCCUCCCAUCAUGGAAUCUGAAGGGGACAGAUCCUUCCAGUUCGGAACCAGUAAAGCUAGAAGAUGGGCCUGGGACCUAUGCUGGGCCAGUCAAGAAAACUCACCCUGGCUGCUAACUCAUGAGGGAGGAAAGAUGGUUCAUCUUAGCCUUAGGCCUUUGCAAAAGCUUGCAGAGCUGCUCUGGUUCUAAGGGAGGAGACCACCCCUCAUAUUGUCUUACGCCCAAUUUCUGCCUCCAAACAAAGAAGUAAAAACUAAAAGGCGGAAAUGAAAUCCACAAGCAGACAGCUCGGUGCCACACCCUGGGCCUGGUAGUUAAAGAUCGACCCCUGACCUAAUUGGUUAUUUGCAUAAAAAAGGCACCCUGAAGAUCCCUGUCCUGUUUGGUUCCUUUCUAAUUACCGGUGUAUGCAGCCCCCAGUCAUGUACCCCCUGCUUGCUCCAUCGAUCACGACCCUCUCACGUGGACCCCCUUAGAGUUGUGAGUCCUUAAAAGGGACAGGAAUUGCUUUUUAGUGAGCAGUUUCUCAUUUAGUGAGAAGUCUUGCCAAUGCUCCUGGCCAAAUAAACCCCUUCCUUCUUUAACUCGGUGUCUGAGGGGUUUUGUCUGUGGCUCUUCCUGCCACAUUUCUUGGUUCCCCGACCAGGAAGCGAGGUAAUUGGCAGAUGGUCGAGGCAGCUCCUCAGGUGGCUUUAGCUUGCCCUGUGGAACAUCCCUGCGGGGGACUCCGACCAGUCCAAGUGACGCAGAUUCUGAGAGCGCUCCUGGGUAGGCAUUUGCCCCAGUGGGACGCCUAGCCAGAGCAGUGUGUGGCAGGACCCCAUGGAGGAUCAAUGCAGUGGCUGAACACCAGGAAGGAACUGGCACUUGGAGACCGGACAUCGAUAACUUGUGGGCCCAACCUUCAAGACCAUCCUUAAACACCAGUAGACUGGGAGCUGUACGUGGAUGGGAGCAACUUCGCCAGCCCCUGCAAAGUGACUCUGAAGAAGAUGAGAAGCCCUGCUCCAGUCACACCCGGAAGCUGACUGGUCCACGCACUGCAUGAGAAAACUCAUUGCGGGACUCAUUUUCCUUAAAACCUGGACUUGUACAGUAAGAACUUCAACUGACCUUCCUCAGACAGAGGACUGUUCCCAGUAUAUACAUCAAGUCACUGAGGUAGGACAAAAGAUUGCUACAGUCCUGUUAUUUUAUGGUUAUUGUAAGUGUACCAGGACUCUAAAAGAAACUUAUUUGUAUAAUGCUAUUCUAUCCAAGGUAUGUAGCCCAGGAAAUAACCAACCUGAUGUGUGUUAUGACCCAUUUUAAGCCUCCCAUGAUCACAGUUUUUAAAAUAAAAUUAAGGACUGGUCCUUUUCUAGGCGACACAAGUAAAGUAAUAGCUAGGACAGAAGAAAGGGGGGUCCCUAAGCAUAUAACCCUAAAAUUUAAUGCUUGUGCCACUAUCAAUAGCAAUAGGCAUGGAAUAGGAUGUGGUUCUUUAAAUCAGGAAAAGAAAAAGUUACACGGCAGGAAAUAAGUAUAUCUGCCAUGAAUUAGGCUCAUGUGCAAAUGUGUGUUAUUACUAGUCUUGUGUCAUCUGGACUACUUGGAAAAAGGGUGAAAAAGAUCCUGUUUAACUCCAAAAAGGAGAAGGCAGCCCCUCCUGUACGAGUGGAAGCUGCAACCCCUUGAAAUUAGUAAUUACAAAUCCCUUAAACCCCAGGUGGGAAAAAGGAGAACACGUAUCUCUGGGCAUCGACGGAAAAGGACUGGAUCCUAAAGUAAAUGUCUUAGUAAAAGGAGAGGUUUGUAAACUCUCUCCGGAACCAGUAUUUCAGACUUUCUAUGAUGAAUUAAAUGUGCCAGUACCAGAGACUCCAGGAAAAGGCAGAAAUUUGUUUUUGCAAUUAGCCGAGCAUGUAGCCUAGUCUCUAAAUGUCACUUCAUGUUAUGUUUGUGGAGGAACUGUAAUGGGAGAUCAAUGGCCAUGGGAAGCCCAAGAAUUAGUGCCUACAGACCCAGUUCCUGAUGAAUUCCCAGCCCAAAAGAAUCACCUGGAUAAUUCCUGGGUCCUAAAAGCCUCAAUUAUUGGACAAUAUUGCAUAGCUAGAGAGGGAAAAGAAUUCACUCGCCCCGCAGGACGACUUAGUUGUCUGGGACAGAAACUGUAUCAUGGUACCACAAAAACAGUCACUUGGUGGAGUUCAAAUCAUACAGAGAGGAAUCCAUUUAGUAAAUUCCCAAACUUGCAAACUGUGUGGACCCACCCAGAGUCCCACCGGGACUGGUCAGCCCCCACUGGAUUAUACUGGUUAUGUGGGCAUAGAUCUUCUGCCAAAUUACCCGACCAGUGGGCAGAUAGUUGUGUUAUUGGCACUAUUAAACCAUCUUUCUUCCUACUGCCCAUAAAGACAGGUGAACUCCUGGACUUCUCUGUCUAUGCUUCCCAUGAAAAGAGAAGCAUAGCUAUAGGAAAUUGGAAAGAUGAUAAAUGGCCCCCUGAGAGAAUUAUACAAUACUAUGGGCCUGCUACUUGCACACAAGACGGCUCAUGGGGAUACUGGACCCCCAAUUACAUGCUCAACCGAAUCAUACAGUUGCAAGCUGUCUUGGAGAUCAUCACUAAUAAAACCGGUAAAGCCUUGACUAUUCUGGCCCAGGAAGAAACUCAGAUGAGAAAUGCUAUCUAUGAAAAUAGAUUGGCUCUCGACUACUUGCUAGCAGUUGAAGGAGGGGUCUGUGGGAAAUUUAACCUUACCAAUUGCUGCGUGCACAUAGACAAUCAGGGGCAAGUAGUUGAAGAUAUAGUUAAAGACAUGACGAAACUGGCACAUGUGCCUGUACAAGUGUGGCAUGGAUUUGACCCUGAGGCCAUGUUUGAAAAUGGUUCCCAGUGCUAGAAGGAUUUAAAACUCUUAUAAUAGAAAUUAUAGUAGUAAUAGGAACCUGCUUACUGAUCCCUUGUUUACUACCUGUACUCAUUCA